CUUUGAAGCAAUAUUUAUUAGGGUUCUAACUCCAUCGGCAAAUGAUAUCUCCUUCCCCAUGGCGAUUUCAGGCCUAAAUUUCGCUUGCAGACCUCAUGUCACUAUAAGGCCCCCUCUCCUUCACUUCAUACGCAAAUUCCGGUUCAGUUCUGUUGCCGCGAUUGAAGCUCUAGAUGAGCCGGUUAAUGGGAAACUUUACAAUUCUGCGACUUCUCAAGGAACAGGUGAAGAAAAUAGCACGAUGCCUGAAUGGAAGAAAUUGAAUUCUAAGGACCUUGGAAUUAGGACUUCAAGAAUUCCGGAGCCUACUAGGAAAGUUCUUAAUGUUCUCAAGGACAGAGGUUACGAAGUUUACCUUGUAGGAGGUUGUGUACGGGAUCUAAUCUUAAAUAGAAUACCAAAGGACUUUGACAUACUUACUUCUGCUGAACUUGAAAAGGUGGUUGGGAUGUUUUCUUUUUGUAGCAUAGUCGGCAGACGUUUUCCUAUAUGUCAUGUUAACAUUGAUGGUACCAUUGUGGAGGUUUCAAGUUUUAGUACCUCCAGGGAAAAGUUUACCGGGGAUGUAAAUCAUGAGUUGGUGAGACAUUUUGGCAAUGAUGAAAAGAAUGUUGACCGAUGGAGGAAUUGUUUGCAGCGAGACUUUACUAUUAACGGAUUGAUGUUUGAUCCAUAUUCAAAAGAGGUGUAUGAUUACACGAGAGGCAUUGAAGAUAUAAGAAAAGCUAAAGUCCGAACUGUGAUUCCUGCAAGUACUUCUUUUCAAGAGGAUUGUGCUCGCAUUCUACGUGCAGUAAGGAUUGCUGCCCGUUUGGGAUUUCGUUUUUCAAACAAAACAGCUUAUUUUGUUAAAAGUCUCUCUCCCUCAAUAUUGAGACUGGAUAAGGCAAGGCUCUUGAUGGAAGUGAAUUACAUGCUGGCUUAUGGUUCUGCAGAAGCAUCUCUGAGAUUAUUGUGGAGAUUCAAGCUUCUUGAAUUGCUUCUACCAAUUCAGGCAAGAUAUUUUGUGCGCCAAGGCUUUGGGAGACAUGACACGAGAUCGAACAUGCUUCUGGCUGUGUUUUCGAAUUUGGAUAAGCUUCUGGGACCUGACAGGCCAUGCCACAGUAGUCUAUGGGUUGGUAUUUUAGCAUUCCAUGAGGCUCUGUCUGAACAUCCCAGGGAUACUUCAGUGAUUGCUGCAUUUAGCCUUGCUGUCCACAAUGGUGGGGAUAUGUCAGAAGCAGUAGACAUAACAAAAAGAAUCACCAGGCCACAUGAUAUCAGUUUUCCUGAACUAUCAGAACCCCAGAAUCUGGACUCGCAAGAACUUAUAAACGAGGUUAUGCAUCUUGCAGAUUCUGUCAAGGAUGCGCUGACUAAGAUGACAUAUAGAUGUUACAACCUUCGAGCACAAAAUUCAGAUCCGGCAUUUAUCUCCCCGCCAUUAUCUUCAAAAGCUUGCAGAAUUUUUGACUGCGUUCGAGAUGGUGUAGGAAAGGGAUUUGUGUCAAAGCAAGGCAGCGAGAUCAACUAUCGCUUGUUAGCUUGGGGAAGCCUUGAGGAGGUCCGCCGUGUUUUUGCAAGAACUGUGUUUGACACCGUGUACCCUCUACGACUAACACAAACUAGGACGACAUAGUUCAAUAUGCGGUAAUUGAUUGCAGGCAAGGCACAGCCAGAAUUAUGAUUUUUCACAGAAAGAAGCGAUUUUUCGGCAGAUUGCGUCAGUUGUGCAUGGACGGUGCGAAUGAAAUUACUAAUGUUUUUUCAUGCUCACAAAGUAAGACCGGGAAGCUCUAUUUUCUUUCAUCCUACAUCAAUUAUUUUAGUGAUUACAGACAUUUGAAUUCUUGAUGUUGAGUAACUAUUAUACUACAACCACUCGGCGAUAGCUUAGUAGGUUAUAUCUCUGGACUUGGGGAGUAGGCGUCCUAAUCCAUCUUUUGAGUCCCUAUUCAUGAGUUUCGGUUUAGUCUUACAUGUUGCCAUUUGGUUGGGAUUGUUAUGAUCUCUGAAGAUCCAAGUUUACACUCA